CAAUAUACGUAAUAGCUUUCACUGGAGGCUCAGAGCUAUCAGGUAGCAUUGAAGUUCGAACUUCUUCACAUUCAGAACAGCAUUUAUUUAAAUACCAUUUUCGUGUGAAUUCAAACGUACUUGAUUUAGUAGGGCAGCAGAAGUUCGACAAUCCAAUGGUUCAAUUACCGGUUUUGUAGUUGUACCCAGGUCAAACUUCUCCAUUAUUGGAAAUCAAGAGUCAUUGUGGGUCAUAUCGAUAAAAAGUGUAUUGUGUGUGUUGACGCGUUGUUUUUAUGGCUGAGUAAAUUCCAAAGUCCACCGAUAACUUCGAGCAGCGACUGAGAGCCAUUUCGUAUUGGUUGUGAAGUUUUGGUCGUUUUAGACUCACUAGUUGCCUACAUUGUUACUGGACAUUUAGUGGUUUUGCUGCAGAAAUGAAUCGUGACUCAAUUUAUCAUUUGCCCGAAGGAAGCAAGGAAUCAACUUUCUGCCAUGACGAAUCACUGCCUGCUCUCCCGUUGCCAAAACUGGAGGAUACACUCAAAAGGUACUUUGAAUCCUUGAAACCCUUUGGCACUGCCGAGGAACUGCAGAACACGGCCAAAAUCAUCGAGGAGUUUAAAAAUGGCAUUGGCGCAAAAUUGCAUCGUAGCCUUGAGGAGAAGUCCAAACGCGAAAAGAACUGGGUUGACAAAUGGUGGGAGGAUUACGCCUAUCUAACCUUGCGUAUGCCAUUGAUGCCGUAUUGUGUAAUGGCUCAGCCUUUGAUAUUCGAAGCAGUGGGGCUCGAUCCCAUUCCGGAGAAUUUUUUGAAGAGUGCCGCCAUAUGUUGUACUAUUAAUAUGCGUUUUUGGAAACUACUACGAACGGAGAAACUACGACCGAUUGUGAGUGUUGAUAAGAACAUCAAAUUCUCCUCGGAUCUUUACAAACGGCUAUUCAAUACGGUUCGAGCACCAGGCCUAGAAAUGGAUAAGAUAGUAAGCUAUUUCAAAACGGAAAAGGAGGGUCACUGCCCCGCGCAUAUUUUGGUGAUCUACAAAGGAAGAAUGUUCAAAAUUGAAGGACUCUUCGAAGACGGAGAGAUUCUGGCACCCCAGGACUUUCUUUUAUGUUUCCAGCAGAUUCAACAUCGAGUAGAUAGUGAGGAUGCUAGUGAUGCAGGGGUACCAGUAUUGACUAAUGACGACAGAACUACGUGGGCCCGUAACAGAACUCAUUUGCUAGAGUUGUCCGAGAACAAUCGCAACGUCAUGAAGGAUGUAGAAAGUGCCAUUUCCUUGUUUUCAAUGGACACCAAUUGUCCUGAUAACCAUUCAGAAGUGGCUGCCACUACACUGGCAGGGGAUUUACAUUCAAGAUGGGCGGAUAAAAGCUGUGCGACAGUUUGCUUCAAGAAUGGUAGAAUGGGCUGUUUGGGCGAACAUUCUUGCUACGAUGGAACUAUUUCCGUUUCAAUGAGCCUUUACGCUAUGCUUAGCGUAUUCGAAGAUGGCAUUCCAGACUGGACAACACCUCCGAGAAAGUUGGUGCAACCCGUUGAAUUGGUCUUUGAUUUGGACGACCGAAUCCGAGCCGAAAUCGUUCGUAUGAAGGAUGUUUCUGAUAAAGUGCAAAAUUGCGUGGCAGUCACUGUUGACCAAUUCGUUGGAUACGGAAAAGAGUACAUGAAGUCACAGAAGAUCCAUCCGGACUCGUGGAUUCAGACUGCUUUGCUGCUGGCUUAUUAUAGGCUUCACGGAACGUUUGCUCCGACAUACGAGACUGCAAUGAUGCGUCAUUACUAUAAAGGAAGGACGGAAACUUGUCGCUCGUGUAGUACGGAUUCGGUGAAUUUCAUAAAAGCCAUGGAAAAUCCUCAAGAAGAAACCAGUGUCAAGGCUAAACUUUUCCGAGCAGCUGCUAACCGUCAAACGGAAUUAAUGAAUGAGGCUAGAAAGGGAAAAGGUGUCGACAGACACCUUUUCGGAUUGUGGUGUGAAGCUUAUGACCAAGGUCUUCCUGUUCCCGAGCUGUACGAUGAUCCAUUGUAUAGUAAAAGCGGCGGCGGUGGCAAUUUCAUCUUGUCAACUAGUACUUUGGGAUUCACCAUAAAUUGCGGAUUCGUAGCUCCUAUGUGUAUGGACGGCUAUGGUUGCUUCUAUUCAAUGCUGACGGAUAAUGUAUGGUCCAUUAUCACCGCUUAUAAGGAAUCGGAAGUCACAAGCUGUCACAAAAUGCGUGCUUCAUUUCAUCAGGUUAUGGAGGACAUAAGAUGCAUUCUAGAUGCCGACCCUAAAGCUAGCCUUUAACAGAAACGAAGUUGUACUUUAUGCAACUCAUGUUCACUAUACAUUUCCAAUGGUAUUAGGUGAUUAAUUAUUGUUUUAUAUUGUAAAUAAAUCGGUGAACUGUU